CAGAAUGAAUAUAAAGGCAGAGGAGCUGGACAGUGGAGCCACCUUCAGAGAAAGACUCACUCAAAGGGACUGUAGCUGAGUCACUUCCGUCAUCUGCCAAGAUGAAGCUGCUGUUGCUGUGUCUGGGGCUGACUCUAGUCUGGGCACAUGAGGAAGGAAACGAUGAUGUUGUGACAAGCAACUUUGAUGUUCCAAAGAUUUCAGGGAAAUGGUAUACCAUUCUCUUAGGUUCAGACGUCAGAAAAAGAAUAGAAGAAAAUAGUGUCAUGAGGAUUUUUAUGGAAAAUAUCCAAGGCUGGGACAACUCUUCUCUGACUUUUAAAUUUCAUGUAAGGGAAAAUGGACAGUGUAGCGAGAUUUCUGUUAUUGCUGACGAAACAUCACAGGAUGAUACAUACAGUAUAUUAUAUGAUGGAUACAAUAGACUUCGCAUAAUUGAAGCAGUCUAUGAUGAAUAUGUUCUUUUUCACAACGUGAAUUUCAACAAGGGGAAAGAAUUCCAAGUGAUGUUUUUAUAUGGCCGAACACCAGAUUUGAGUCCAGAAAUAAAAACGUGGUUUGGAGAAGUGUGUCAGACAUAUGGAAUUCCUAAUGAAAACAUUCUUGAUUUGACCAAAGUCGAUCGCUGUCUCCAGACCCGAGGGAGCUACUAGCCCAGUCCUCCAGUGCUGAGUGAAUGGUUCCUCAUCUGGGCUCCAGGAUCUUCCAUUCCAUGGCCCCACGACAUCUUGGGACAAGUUCUGUGACCUGAUGGCCAUCACUAUUUCACAUGAAAGCAUUAUCUCUGCAUCUUCAGACUUUUCCCUAAUUAACUAGAAAGAUCAACAGCUUACCAAGAAUGAAGAAAUUUCUCCAAAUUUCACUCUCUGUGCCAUACCCAGAGAACU